AUGGAACAUGAAAAUUCAAAUCGAUCUCCGAACGAUUUUAAAGAAACAAUAUGUCCCAUAGAGCAUGAUGAACUAAUUCGACAAAAUCAAUCAGCACUUGAAGAAUAUUUUAAGUUUUGUACUAGUCAACUGGUUUUACCGAUUUUUAAUUUCAACAAAAAGCAACUCCAUCUAUAUGGUACUGCAACAACAAAUUUCGAAGCUGAGAAGCGAUUCCUGGAUUUACAAAACAAUUUAGUUUUGAAAAAUAGUCCCCAGUCUAUUAGAGAUCGUGUGUGUUGGUGGUACGAAGCAUGGGAUGGAACGUGGCAAUUAUAUUCUCCCCGAAUGAACACUGAAAUUGAAGAACGUCACCAAUUGGACUCAUCAAAUUUUACAAUGCUGAAUGAAAUAGGUGAGAAAAUAACAAUUGACCUCACAAAGUCGAUUGAAAUUUAUGGUACUCGUAUCAAACGUAUGCUCCGCUCGGAAUAUGACAAACGUUUACCAAUGUAUUGGAAACUCACGCCUUUGGAAGUAGAACGAACAUUACUCGAUGAGAAACUAAAUGAAUACCUUGCAAUCAAACACCAGUUCGAUGAGACUAUGCACAACCGUUAUACAACGAUCGUUUCGAUUGAGCGUAUCCAAAAUUUUUCUUUAUUUACACGAUUCUGCAUUUUACAUGAUAAUUAUAUCCGUCGGUAUGGUAAAGAAAAUAAUGGCACAAUGCGCUAUCUAUAUCAUGGCUGUCCCGAAUCAGCAGCGAAAAGAAUUAUCGAACGAGGUUUCAAUCGAAGCUAUAGUGGAACUAAUGGUACAGUACCUGACUACUUAUUUGCAUAUUUUUUACUUUUAAACUUUGCCCCGGUCGUUUUCAGGGUGUGUUCAUGGGCGCGGUGUGUAUUUCUCAUCAAAGGCGAGCUACUCCGAUCAGACGAAGCAUGCGUACGUAUUUGCUUUUUUAGUUCGUUGAUUAAUACUUUCACUGUACUAUUAGGUGGGAAUCCGCGUAUCUGCGAACCAGACGACGGAUACGAUACAACGACGGAUGGUGAUCAUAUUUUCGUAUGUUAUCAUGAUAAUCAGUGCUAUCCGGAAUAUUUACUGGUUUAUGUGUGA